UCCUCAGCUAUUCUCCUCCGAACACUAAUCCGCACUCCAAAACAGAAACAAAGCCAAAAACUGCCGACGGUUGUUCCAAUGACCGCCCCGUUUACUUGGAAAAGUCAACGUCUUCCAUGCGAAGAACAUUAGGCUAUGAUCAACUGCUGCGUUGCUCACCGUUCCUUGUGGGAGAUCACACCCACCGGAGGAGGUCGUUCAUCUAAUACGGCGUCUCAGCUCGUCGACGAUCAUCAUGGUGCCAGAAGGUGGACGAGGAGAAGAUGCGGAAUCCGGCUUUGUUGCCUACUUCAAACGUACCCUCUGGUUCUCCUUUUGCACCUUCGCCGUUUCUUCGGGAUCAUUGCUACAGAUCUUACCCGGGGAUAAGGAUUUGGCAGCACAUGCAAAUACAGCCAUCCUCAAGAUCUGUAUCCUCUUCAACAUGUUCACCAUAAUUUCCUCCAUCAUCUUGAUGUUCUUCUCUUUCAUCAUCAGCUACACUCAACGCCGCAUGAUCACACGCUUCCAGCUUCGUGUUGGCACAAGUAUAUUCAUCUCCUCCGUCGGCCUGCUGGUGCUGACAAACUACCUGUUCAUGCUCAUCCUCAAAAAGCCCUACAUGCUGGCCAUGGUUCCUCUUCUCCUUCUUCUGGGGAUCACCCUCGUCGUGCUCCUUCGCGGAGGAACUCUACGACAUGAAGUCCAUGGCGACGACCACGCACUUUCCCAAGCACAGGAAUCGAAGCUACUGAACUUGUCAUCUUAUGUCACCGCCAUCACUUCUGGGGGCAUCAUAAGCACGGUCAUCGCUUACAUGAAGAACUUCACCUCGUCAGCUUAUCACUUCCGCCUCGAAUCAUCCGUGGUUUUGCUCUUCAUCAACAACAUAAUAGGCUUCUUCGCCAUGCUGCUUUUGCUAUUCACUUUGAUGCUUAGUUACUCCGCCGACCGCCGUGAAGGCCUGAUCGCAAUUGCAAGCUUCUCCACCUACGCUUCAUUUGUCCUGUCAACGCUGUUGACGCUGAUGGUCGCGUCCGAGUCGCUUGCUUUCCCCCACGUCUUGUCCACUAUGCUCUUUGCCGUCGGUGGAGUUCUGUACUACCAUCUACGGAGGCGAGAAACAGGCACGCAAGAAGAUGAGGUGGUUCAGCUGGAGGAUAUAUGGAAGAACAUAGGGACCUUUGCCUUUUUGCUGUUGAUGGUGGUCCGCCUACUGCAUCUGGGCAGCGAAGCAUUCGCCAUUAAAAGCUUCAUGUUUCUAUGUGUUUCGGCUUUCCUAUGCAUUCAGAGCCAGAUGCUAAUGGCGGUGCUGAGGCCUGUGGGCAGGGGAAGAUUGAACAUAAAGAUCAUCUUUGGUCUCGUUGGCGCGCUGCUGGUGGGCGCCAUGUUGAGUGUCAUCAGUGUCAUCUUCAUCUGACAUGUUAAGCCUCAGAUCAGAUCAGUCUGCCUACCUAUUCCUGUAUGCAACACAUAACAUAUAUACGUAACAUACAUUUAUGUCCUAGAAAUAUGUUGGACACCACCUAGUAUAUUAAAUUAAUUUGAGUUA